AUUAGAGUCGUGAAUUUUUAAAAAUCAAGAUUCUAUUAGCUAAAAUUAAAAGCUUGGUAUUUUGAUCAAUCCGAACCAACAUUUCAACAGCCAUACAAAGUCGAUCAAAUCCACCAGAUUCGCCGCCGCGGAAUGAGCAAUUUGGGGAAGAAAGCCACCGACGACGAUGACGUCGAGCAGCUGCUGCGAGAGGCCCACGACGACGUGCUACUCAAACUCAGCGUCAACUCCCACACGGCGCGCGGCACAGCCGCCACUGCCAUCGACCCAGAUCUCGACCGCCGUUUCCAGGCCCUCAAGAAACCCCAAAAGCUCACAAAAAAUCGCGACGAUUCUCUGAAAAAACCCCCAAAAGAAGCAGACGCCGCCAGCGCAGUAGCGGAGGACGACGACCUGUAUUCCAGAUUCGCAGCCCUCAAGACCUCAAUUCCGUCAAACAGCACCAAUUUUACAAGGAACGAAGUGGUAGAAGAGCAAGAGGAUGAUGAUGAUGAUGAUGAAGUUGAGAAGCUGAUCAGGUGGGCAACUGAUGCCGCAAGGCUCGAUCCUUCUCCUCCAUCUGAAGAUGAUGAUGAAGACGAAGAUGACAGCGAUGAAGAAGAUGAAGGAGCGAGCAGAGGUAAAAAGGGCAAAAGAAAAUGAUGAUCAAGUAUAGUAAUUCUUGCUUUGUGAUUAAAGGAAAAUAUACAGUAGUGUAGCACGCACGAAUGCAGAGAACAAGAACUUCAUCUACAUUGGAUGCAAAGUACAAUCCAAAUGGCAAUUAUCACAAAUGCUGAAAGUAGAUGAUCACCUCAGUUAUGAGAAUCUUG